AUGAAGUUCAAAGACGUUAAAUCUAAGGUGCGGGAGUUGGAGGAUAAGUGUCACAGCCAGAGUGAACAGUUCAGCCUGCUCAGCCAUGAGCUGGAGACAUUGUCAGACUACAGGCUGGCAAACUGGACCUGUCUGCAUCCACCAUCCUCACUAACCCCCUCUCUGCCAUCUGACCAACGGGGUGGGCCUCACCGGAGAUGUGGCAGCAACUCAACGGAUGGGGGCCACCCCCUCACGCUGCGGGUCUCACCGCUCCCCCACCGUAAAGCACCGGGAGCCUCCCAGCUACAGGUGUUCAUUGCCAGAUACAGCUAUAACCCUUAUGAUGGUCCAAAUGAUAACCCAGAGGUGGAGCUGCCUCUCACCGCUGGGGAGUACAUCUAUGUUUAUGGCGGUAUGGAUGACGAUGGCUUCUAUGAAGGAGAGCUGAUGGACGGGCGAAGAGGGCUGGUCCCCUCCAACUUUGUGGAGCGUGUCUCAGACGACGACAUGAUAAGCUCCCACGUUCCAGAGGGCACGGAUAUAUCCCACAACUCCCUGCUGGACAGCAGCCUGCACAGCGCCACCUCCGUCCUCUCAGGGGAGCAGUUCCCCUCGGAUCCAUCCCUCCCAGCCCCCCUCACCAACGGCCUGGAUCUGGACCUAGAGGUGGGGGUGGGCACUGUGCCUUACCCGCGCAAGCUCACCCUCAUCAAGCAGCUGGCCAAGAGCAUCAUCAUCAGCUGGGACGGACCGCUGGUGCCAGCGGGCUGGGGCAACGUGUGGAGCUACAAUGUAUACGUGGACCAGGAGCUGAAGCUCAACGUGCCCUUCGGCUCCCAGACUAAAGCUGUCCUAGAGAGACUAGACGUCACCCUCAAGGCCUACCGGGUGUCUGUGCAGAGCCUGACGGAGCGCGGCAACUCGGACCAGCUCCGUUGCUCAUUACUGGUGGGCAGGGACGUGUGUGUGGCGCCCACCCAGCUCAGAGUCGACCGGGUCACCGCCACCUCGGCCAGCCUGGCCUGGCUGCCGAGCAACAGUAACUAUGUGCAUGUUGUGUCCUUGAACGAGGAGGAGAUGGAACUGGUGAAGGCUGGCAGCUACUCACUGUGCCUCGGCAACCUCACGCCCAGCCUUCAGUACACCGUCAAGGUGGAGGCUCAGCCGCACCAAACCCCCUGGGAGAUUCCCCAGGAGAGACGGGAACACAAGACCGCCACCACCACCUUCACCACGUUGGCCGCAGGCCCCCCAGACGCUCCUCUGGGCGUGCAGCUGGAGCAGGGGCCCUCCCCAGGAAUCGCCCUCAUCAGCUGGCUACCUGUCACCAUCGAUGCUGCUGGGACCUCCAAUGGGGUCCGCGUUACCGGAUACACAAUCUACGCUGACAAGAGAAAGGUGUUGGAGGUGUCAUCCCCAACGGCGGGCAGUGCCCUGAUGGGCCCGUCUCAGAUCCAGUCCCUGAUGGCAGCCCACGAGCUCACUGUGCGCACCAUGUCUGCCCAUGGGGAGUCCAUCGACUCUGUGCCAGUCAACGUGCCCGCCAAGUUGUCCAACAUCAUGACCGGCCAGGCGUCGGCCGCCUCCUGCUCCUCGUCAACCCCCGUUCUCGCCCCCCUACCUGUCUUCGUCACCACCCGUCCAGCCCCAAUCCCCAUCUUACGGAACUCAGCUGCCAAAGUGUCCACACUGCCCUACGCCACUGCCUCGCCGCCACUAGACGUCGCCCACGCCAUGGGCCCUAACGGAGCCCUCCACACAGAGGCCUGCUCCCCACACCCUGCCUCUGCUUGA